AUGUUGCACACUGUGAAAUGCUGCUGGCCGUUCCGCCCCGAGAUGCUGGGGAUUUGGUGCGGGCAACAAGCAACCACUCAGCCGGCGAUAUUCUAUGGAGUGAUUUCAAUGUCUGCAUCGCACCGGUUUCAUAUUGACUAUAACCAUAGGACGAAUGACCCGCAGGCAGGCCAGUGGAUGUUGCAGGCGCUUGAGUUUCGUGCCAAAAUCAUUCAGAGCCUCAAGCAGACCAUCAAUGACAUCGCUACGACGAAUGUCGACUUGGCCAUCGUCACGAUUGCCAUGCUUAUUUGUGUGGAGGCAUCCAACGCAAAUCUUGCAGAAAUGGAUAUUCACAUGGCUGGGCUACAACAGUUGAUUCAAUCCGCCGGGGGCAUUGGCCGUCUUGAUUUGUCCACAAUAUCAUUUCUGAUCGGCAUGGAUAUCCUCUGGGCUAUUGUCAAAUGCACCUCGCCAGCUCUCCCAUUACCUCCCAAGUACUUAGAGUAUGCCCUGAAUCACCCAUCUCUCACCAUUCAUCCCUACAACCCCGUGGAGGAGGACCUUUUGAGUAUCCCCCGCGGCAACAUCUUUCACGAUCUAGGAUCUCGGUUUGUCCAUUCUGCGUGGGCGGGGAUUCUCGAUCGGUCUUUUAGAGCAGCCAUUGAGAAUUUCUGUAAUCGGAUUGUGCACUAUGAGGCCGAUGAGCAGCGGCAGCAGCGCGAUAGGAUUGUUACAUACGGGGAUAAUAAUCCUUGGAAUAUUUCGCAGCGAUAUAUACUCUCAUUAUCCUAUGAGCACUUAGGUCCUGGCGACAUCAGAGAACCACUACGUCGCUCAAUGCUCACGUAUUCCAUGGCGCGGUAUUGCAAGUUCGGCUCAUUCCCAUGCAUGGACGAGAUCGCCGGCGCACUCCGUGAAAGCCUCGUUCCUAGGCUUGACACCUUCCUCUCGACUGCGUCUGACCUUUUGUUCUGGAUCCUCUAUGUCGGUGCCUUGACGGCAAGAGAGAGCUCGGAGCACUAUCUGUGGUACUGCGCUCAUUUCAGCAGUGUUUCUUCAACGUUGGGCGUUCUUGAUUUCACAGACGCACGGGCGCUCCUUGAGCAGUUCUUCUACAUCCACCGACCUGCAGACAGGGCAGCCGAAAAAGUGUGGCAAAGCGUCUCAUCGCGGAUCACAAACAGCCUGUGUAUUGAUCGUCCUGUAUUACGUGUCGGGGUCGGCAUACCUGAGGUAACAUAA